AUGUCUCUGGCCUUGAGGUUCAAAGCUGGAGGUUCUGGAGGAAAUCCUUCAAUGGCACCGACUAUGACUUCUGUCCAUCAUCACAGAAGUACCACUAAACAAGAGCACAAGCCUUUCAAAUCCCGACACGCCUCGAAAAGUGCUCUGAAGGAUGCGGCCAAGGGCAAAAUCGAGAGCGCGAGAGCAGAAAAGGGCCAAAGGAAGACGCCCCACCAGCAAGUCAUGUCGAAACUCGCCAGACGCAACCAAGCGAAGCAACUGCGCAUGAACCACAAAGAAAAGAAAGAAGGAGAAGAACAUAUUUUCCAGGGCGUAGAUGGAGCAGCCAAACACAUUGCGAUUGUGCCUUUGUCGAACAGCAUAGAUCCAUACUCCGCGAUCAACCUUCUGAAUGAGAGCGUCGACAUUGCCCGCCUUGAAGUAACUAGCGGUAUAGUUCCGGUCCGAGUCGAUCGAUUUCGUCGCAAUCUGCUCUAUCUGCCUGCCUCCUUUGACCUUCUCAAGGCACUCGAUGUCUGCAAAUUGGCCGAUUGGGUUGUGUUCGUACUGGAUGCUGAGCAAACAAUCGGUGAAGAGGAGGAUUUGUUCCUGAAGGCCCUUGAGGGACAGGGGAUCACCAAUGUCACUGCUGUGGUACAAGGUGUCGAAGCCAAAGUCCCUGCAGCGAAGAGAUCACGACACCUGACAGACCUGAGGAUCGCUAUCGGCCGUUACUUUCCGGCCUUGGAUAAACUAUCCAGUCUGGAUAGCAAGUCGGAUUGUUCCAACUUGGUUAGAAGUAUAUCGACUGCUUCUACGAGAGGAAUACGGUGGCGAGAUGACCGGAGCUGGAUGCUGGUCGAAAAUGUGGACUGGAGCAGCCCGGUCAAUGGAGCAGCCACAGCUGCAGUCACUCUCGCAGGCACAAUACGAGGGAAAGGGCUAAAUCCAGAUCGGCUAGUGCAUGUUCCUGGCUGGGGGGAUUUUCAGAUCAAUGUGAUAAGGGAAGUGCCGAAACAAGGCCAGAAACGAAGAGCAGAUGAGAUGGACGCAGAUGUACCGAUCAGAGAAUGGGGGCCGACAGCUGAUCAGGAUGAUUUGGCAGAGCUGGCACCUGAGCAAGCAGACAUGCAAGAUGUUGCUAGUACUGCGGCUACGACGGAGCACAAGGGCGUCCUUCUCGACGACCAUCACUACUUUUCCGAUGACAACACUCACAUCCCUCCGGCGCCAAAGAAGCUUCCGAAGGGGACUUCCAACUACCAAGCAGCAUGGUUCCUGGAAGAUGUCUCUGACUCUGAUUCCGAUAUGCUUGACGAAGAUAGGGAUGGCGAUAUUGCCAUGGACGCAGCAGAUUCGCUAGGACCAGAGGACGGCGUGGUCGCAAACGGCGCUGAUGCCAUGACCGAAGUGGGACAGUCAGAAUACCCGGAAUCCGAGAUGCAUGUGGACGCCGAUGAAGAAGAGGAAGCUCGCCAGCUCGAAGAGUUUAGAGCGAGCAGAAAGCAAGAAGCCGAAGAGGACCUCGAAUUCCCCGAUGAGAUCGAGUUGCCUCCGAACGUUCUGGCUCGCGAAAGACUCGCCAAAUACCGUGGCCUCAAGAGCUUGCGGACUAGCGAAUGGAAUCACGCCGAGGAUGCGCCACAUGAGCCCAUGGAGUACAGACGACUGCUUCAAAUAGCCGAUUACAAGAAAUCAUUGAAUUCAGCACUGAAGGAAUCACUUGCUGGGGGAGUUCUCGCUGGAACGAAAGUCGAGAUCGAACUUCGAGAUGUUCCCAUCUCACUCGCUUCGGCCUCGGCACCAGCAUCAUUGUUUUCCAUCCUCCGCCAUGAGCACAAGCACGCCGUCAUCAACCUCAACCUCACAUUGAACUCGGAAUUCGAGGGCCCUCUAAAAUCCAAGGACGAAGUGAUUGUGCAGAUUGGUCACCGUCGGCUGGUCGUCAAUCCCAUCUUCUCCGCCUCAGGUCAGACACCGAACGACGUCCACAAAUUCGAUCGUUUCCUCCACCCUGGCCGUACAGCGAUCGCCACAUUUACCGGGCCCUUGACAUGGGGUUCUGUGCCUGUAUUGGUCUUCCGCCGCGAAACGCCUUCGGACAAUGUUGCUCCAGCACUCCUCGAUUCGAGCAUCAACAGCGCAGAACCCGGUCACCUACGGUUGAUCGGCACGGCGACCACGCUUGCUCCCUCUUCAUCCCGUGUUGUUGCCAAACGUGUCAUUUUGACGGGCCACCCAUUCAAAAUCCACAAGAAACUCGUCACAGUGCGCUACAUGUUUUUCAGCCGCGAAGACGUCUUAUGGUUUGCAGCUCUCCCACUGUGGACGAAGCGUGGUCGCCAAGGGUUCGUCAAGGAACCCCUGGGCACGCACGGCUAUUUCAAAGCCACCUUUGACGGCAAGAUCAACCCGAUGGAUGCCAUCGGCGUGAGCCUUUACAAGCGUGUUUGGCCCAGGCCAGCGAAGACCUUUGAGGCAUAG